UGAGACGCCAUUACAGGGAGUCAGGUCUCUGCUGAAAAACAUACGUUUGGAGGAUUUUUAUCAGAAAGUUCAAGAGACACUAAUUUGGUGAGUUAUUAAUACUUAAAGAUCAAAUGGCUGAGAAACUCGGACUUGUUGAAAAUUUCCUGAGCUGCCAUGUGUGUUCAGAGACUUUCAGAGAUCCUGUGUCUCUGAGCUGCAGCCACAGCUUCUGUUCAAGAUGCCUGCAGAAAUUCUGGGAACAAACUAAAAACAAAAACUGUCCCAUUUGUAAAAGAAAAUAUUCAAAGGAUCUUUCUCAUGUGAACUUUGUGCUAAAAGAACUUGCUGAUUCAUUUUCUGGAAGAAAGAAAUCUGGAUCAUCUGACACAGAAAAAGGAGAGAAGAAAUUAACAGUGGUGUGCAGUAAACAUGAGGAAGUGCCUAAACUGUUCUGUGUGGACGAGCAGAGAGCUGUGUGUCCUGUGUGUGAGUUUUCUCUCCACCAGAGUCACAAAGUGGUUCCUGUAGAAGAAGCAGUCAGUGACCUGAAGGAGCAGCUGAAAUCUGACUUAAAGUCUCUGCAGGACAAGAGGAACAAAUACAAACAAGUGGAGGAAACAUACAAUGAAGUGAUUCAACACUCCAAGAAGCAGCUGUUGUCCACAGAGAGGCAGAUCAGAGCAGAGUUCAACAAGCUCCAGCAGUUCCUGAAAGAGGAAGAGGAGUCCAGACUGGCAGCUCUGAGGGAGGAAGAGGAGCAGAAGGGGAGGACUAUCAGCAGAGAGAUGAAGAUGAUUGAGGAGCAGAUCUCCUCUCUGUCAGACAGCAUCUCUGCUGUUGAAGAAGAGCUGCAGAAACACAGCGUGCCAUUCCUCAGCAGUUAUAAAGACACUCAGAGCAGAGCCAGAGCCCAGAGCUCAGUGUCAGAUCCACAGCUGGUCUCAGGAGCACUGAUAGAUGUGGCCAAACACCUGGGCAACCUGUCCUUCAGAGUGUGGGAGAAGAUGAAGGAGAAGGUCCACUUCAGUCCUGUCAUUCUGGACCCAAACACCGCACACCCCCGUCUCUAUCUGUCUGAUGAUCUGACCAGUGUGAGACGUGGAGACACAAAACAGCAGCUUCCUGAUAAUCCAGAGAGAAACAAUAAGUAUUCCAAUAUUUUUGGCUCUGAGGGUUUCAGCUCAGGCAAACACAGCUGGGAGGUGGAGGUGGGAGACCAUCCUGACUGGAAUAUAGGUGUAACAAAAGAGUCAGUUGACAGAAAGGGAGAGCUUUUUAUCUCCCCGAAAUAUGGAUAUUGGUGUUUACUCCAUCGCAGUGGAAAAUACACUAAUGGCUCUGGUCAGACUGUGACAGUGAAGAAGAGUCUCCAGAGGAUCAGAGUCCAGCUGGACUAUGACAGGGGGGAGGUGUCCUUCUAUGACCCUGAAGACAUGACUCAUAUCUGCACUUACAGAGACACUUUCACUGAGAAACUCUUCCCAUGUGUUGCUAUUGGAAAGGCAGGAGACGCCCAAACCUCUGAUAUCAAAAUCUGUCUGUCAGAGAUUUGAUUGUAAAGCGAGUCUUUAUUUUAACUGUUUUGUUAUUUUUGUUGUUGUUGUUUGCUUCUAUGUUUGUUUUUUCAGUCCAGCAGCUUAAUUUUAGGGAAAUUAUUAAUCAAACUGUCUAACUUCAUUAUGAGGUUUUUUUUUAUUUUAUUGAUUCAAUGGAACUAUUAGCAAUUCAAUGAAACCAAAGGAACUUUUUCAUGUGAAAAUCUGACCCACUCGAGUUUUUGUAAGAAAUUUUUGCUUUUAAUAUUCUUGUUUCUUUUAAAUUAAUUUUUUCACAAUAUUUCUCAUGUUGUUUAUGUAAAUAUUUUAUUAAUUUUAAAAUCUGAAUGAUGAUGAUUUCUUUGCUUUUCAAAGUUGUUGAGUGUGAACAUUAAACUGUGACACUUCUUAAAAGAAGGGUUAAUGAUUAAACUUGUGUCACAUCAGCAAGAGUCAACUUUACAACUACAAGAUCUUAAUUUUCCUGAUUAUGAGCAUCUUGUUUUCAGUUAAAUAAUAUUUUAAUAUUAUAUUAAUAUUUUAAAGUAACAUGUCUACUUUACUUGGGGCAGCACGGUGGCACGGUGGUUAGCACUGUUGCCGCACA